AUGCGAAGCAUCUCUUCCAUCACCUCCACUGACACAGUCAACACAAACUCCUGCAAUCCCUAUGCUCUGCCAAUUGCUUCUAUUCAUGCUGACGUAGUAACAAAAGCAACGGGGGCAACCGGUUCCCCACCUGCUAAUGACGACACCACAAGGCUAUCAAAUGCCAACGCAGUUAAUCCCAACUCAGGGAGUCACGACAUGGAAGAACGAGAAAUCAACCCUUCGCCAACAUCCUCACUUAGAUCACUCAGCAAAAACAUUGGCGUCUGCACCGCAGAAGACGUCAGCUACUCUAAGAAGGUGUUGGGUGAGUCAAAGUUGUUCAUCGUCUCUGGGGAUAGGAUAAUGACCUCCUCUAAGGACGUCUCUACUACUGCAGAGGCGGGGAUAUUGGCUAAUUCUAAACCCUGUCCAAAGUGCAAACGGCCGAUUGAGAAAAACCAAGGGUGUAUGCAUAUUACUUGCACUCCACCUUGUAAAUUUGAGUUUUGUUGGCUCUGCCUUGGUGCUUGGUCGAACCAUGGUGAGAGGACUGGCAGUUUUUAUGCAUGCAAUCGUUACGAAACAGCAAAGCAAGAGGGAGUGUAUGAUGAAGCUGAGAAAAGAAGAGAGAUGGCCAAGAACUCGCUAGAGAGGUAUACUCAUUAUUACGAAAGAUGGGCAACUAACCAAUCGUCUAGGCAAAAAGCACUUGCAGACUUACAGCAAAUGCAGAGCGUGCAUCUUGAGAAGCUGAGUGACAUACAGUGCCAACCUGAGUCACAGCUAAAGUUCAUAACAGAGCCCUGGCUUCAGAUCGUUGAGUGCAGGCGUGUUUUGAAAUGGACAUAUGCUUAUGGAUAUUAUUUACCAGAGCAUGAACAUGCCAAGAGACAGUUCUUUGAGUACUUGCAAGGUGAGGCAGAGUCUGGGUUGGAAAGACUUCAUCAAUGUGCAGAAAAGGAGCUACAUGUUUACCUUAAUGCAGAGGGCCAAUCAAAAGACUUCAAUGAGUUUUGCACAAAACUUGCUGGACUGACCAGGUAGUUGCCAAACCAAAAA